ACAUUGUGAAGAAAGUAUGACAAGGUCGGGUGCUUAACAAUUUAUAAAGCCAUACUCUCUUCCUCAACAAGAAAAUUGACCAAAAAAAUGAGUUCACCUUGCAUCAGGGAAGUCUCUAGGGCCUGUUUUCGACGUUGCUGCCCGACUCCGUUACUCAGGUUGCCUGAGAACCACAGUCCUGAACAAUCGAUAAGUCCUUCCAGGUACGAUUUCAUUGCUGCAACGGCUUUUUCGCUUCAGCCCAGUGCUCAUUUCACUAAUCAUGAAUCUCUACCGGACCUGGACCAGUCUUUUUCCAACAUGAAGAAGGCUUACCCUAACUACUCGGAAACUGACCGGGCUGACCGAAUCCGGGAUCAGGAAUACUAUCAACUCUACCAAUCGAGCCAUGUCUGUCUUGAUUACAUUGGUCAUGGUCUCUUUUCGUAUUCCCAACAGUUGCAUUCUAAUGCACCUUUUUUCAAUAUCAUAUACAAGUCGGUGAAUUUGUAUACACAGAUUAUGCAUGGUGGUCAAGAAGCGGAUUUUGAAUCCGUGAUCAGGGAAAGGAUCUUUAGAUUCAUGAAUAUAUCAUCAGAUGAUUACUCUUUGGUUUUCACAGCUAAUCAGUCAUCUGCAUUCAAAGUGUUGGCAGACUCUUACCCUUUUCAUACAAAUCGAAAUCUUUUGACUGUGUAUGAUCACGAGAACGAAGCUGCAGAAGCCAUGAUUGAUAGCUGUAGAAAAAGAUCCGGGAGGGUUAAUUCAGCCGUGUUCUCGUGGCCUAACAUGAGAAUUCAGUCGAAAAGACUCAGGACGUUGGUGGUGAACAAGAACAAGAACAAGAAAAAGAAGAAAAAGGAAGGACUUUUCGUUUUCCCACUUCAAUCUAAGGUUACUGGAUCGAGAUAUUCAUAUCUUUGGAUGAGUUUGGCUCAAGAAAACGGGUGGCAUGUUUGUCUUGAUGCCAAUGCCUUAGGAGCCAAAGACAUGGAGACAUUGGGUCUCUCUCUUUUCCGGCCCGAUUUCCUCAUUUGUUCAUUCUACAAGGUUUUUGGAGAGAACCCGUCAGGAUUCGGGUGUCUUUUUGUUAAAAAAUCGAGAUCAUCCGUGCUUAAGAACUCUGCUACAAGCACGGGAUUGGUUAAUCUCAUUCAGGCGUCUAACCGGCCUUUAUUCCUCCAACCAUCUGGGAGUAGCGAUAGAAGAAAAGAAGAUAUAGCCAUGGCAAGCUCAAGCUCGUCAUCAUCCUCACAUCACGAAGCCUUUGAAAUACAAGAAAUCAGAGAAAUCGGUGAAGAAAAGAAGGUAUUAUCGUUUUCCGAGGUCUUGAAACGGGACAAGUCCCUUGACAUUGCUGAAUCAAGAAAAAACGAAGCUAGCAGCAGUGGGGUUAGCUCCGAUAUCGAGUUCCGUGGAUUGGAUCAUGCUGAUUCGUUAGGUUUGGUACUGAUAAGCAGCAGGGUAAGGUACUUGGUGAACUGGCUGGUGAAUGCAUUUGGUAGUCUUCAACACCCACAUUCGGAAAAUGGGUUUCCUCUGGUUAGGAUUUACGGGCCAAAGGUGAGGGUGGACCGAGGCCCGGUGGUGGCUUUCAAUGUGUUUGAUUGGAAAGGUGAGAAGAUUGAGCCUACACUUGUACAGAAGCUAGCCAGUAGACACAACAUUUCUCUUAGUAACGCAACUUUAAAACACGUUAAUUUUGUGGACAAGAGUUGUGAAGAGAAGGAGAGACUAGUAGAGGUAAAAAGCAUUGAGAGGGAAGGUCAAAAUAGCCCGAUGACCAAAAAGAAAGAAAAACUAGAACUAGGGAUACCGGUGAUCAUGGCUACAGUUGGGUUUUUGACAAAUUUUGAAGAUGUUUAUAGGGUGUGGGCAUUUGUUUCAAGAUUCUUGGAUGCAGAUUUUGUGGAGAAAGAGAGGUGGAGAUAUAUGGCACUUAAUCGGACAACCGUUGAGGUGUAGAUUUAAGGUCAAAGAUUUCAUUCAUCUGUUUGGUGUUCUGGAGUUCUAAUUCAUCGUUCAAUUAUUCGUACCGUCAAUAGAAUUUACCAUAAAUGAAGACCACAAAAAUGUGCCCCCUUCUACAUGAAUCUACAAAGAAAAUAAAUUCAAAGUUGUGAUGCA